GUCAUUCAUUAAUUAAUUACAAUUGCGGGUUUGUUCUCAAGAAUGACUCCUUUGAAAUUUCUUUUCAUCCAACACUGACUGCGACAGAGGCAUCGGAUAUCCAGAACGGUCUCCAGUUCCUCUGCGCGAGUAUUUUUAUUCCAGGACCUGAGAUUCUGUUCUGAUCUGUCUCUUCCCUUACUUUUUCAGAUAAAUGGACAAUGAAAAAACCCACGGAAAGAUUAGAAAGACCCCUGAGACGAAUACCCACCUAAGGUCGUGGGCCACACCUGCGGGUUACAGCUGGAAGGGAGAAGCAAGCUGGUAUAUCGAUGCGGCUGUAAACAACAAUACCGUGUGUGAAGGCCCAGGGGCACUUCGGGAUUGACCAAGAGGAAACACGUGUUGCACAAUUAUAGGAUCUUGUUGGUACAGUUGUCAGAGAAGGGAACUCCCACAGCAAAGGGCAUAAAACCACCCGGGGCAGUCUGCGGCAGCUCGGUUUUGCGGUGCCAAGGAGUGGACCAGAGUCCAGCCCUGCCCCAGACACAGAUGGGACCAUGAACUCCAGCCACAGCUUCAGCCAGACCCCUUCAGGCUCCCUCUAUGGCACAGGAAGCAGCUGGGGCCAGCCAGGGAGGUUUCCCCGGGCUCCCAGCGUCCACGGUGGCGCAGGGGGGGUCUGCAUCUCGCUUUCCUUCUCCUCGCCCAGAUGUCCACCCCCUGGGGGUUCUUGGGGGUCUGGAAGAGGCAGCUCCCUCCUAGGCGGAAAUGGGAAGGCGAUGAUGCAGAACCUCAAUGACCGCCUGGCCUCCUACCUGGACAAGGUGCGCGCCCUGGAGGAGGCCAACGUGAAACUCGAAAGUUGCAUCCUGAAGUGGCAUCAGCAGAGAGAUCCGGGCAGUGAGCAAGAUUACUCCCAAUAUGAGGAAAAGGUCAGCUGCCUGCAGGAGCAGAUAGUAGAUGGCAAGAUGACCAACGCUCAGAUAACCCUUCUCAUUGACAAUGCCAGGAUAGCAGUGGAUGACUUCAGCCUUAAGUAUGAAAAUGAACACUCCGUCAAGAAAAACUUGGAAAUUGAAGUUGAGAGUCUCCGAAAUAACUUGGAUGAUCUGACCAUUGUCACAACAGACUUGGAACAGGAGGUCGAGGGGAUGAGGGAAGAGCUCAUCCUCAUGAAGAAGCGUCAUGAGCAGGAAAUGGAAGAACAUCAUGUGCCAAAUGACUUCAAGGUCAAUGUGAAGGUGGAUACAGCCCCGGGAGAAGAUCUGAUUAAGGUCCUGGAGGACAAGAGGCAGGAAUAUGAGUUUAUAAUAAAGAAGCAUCAAGACUGGUAUAAAGAGCAGUUAGCAGCCAUGACCCAGGAGGUGGCCCGUCCAACAGCUGUGCAGAGCAGCCAAAGUGAUAUCCGUGAGCUGAAGCUCACUUUCCAGGCCCUGGAGAUUGACCUGCAGGCACAGUGCAACAAGAAAUCUGCUUUAGAAAACAUGUUAUCAGAGACCCAGUCUCGGUACUCCUGCCAGCUCCAUGACAUACAAAGAAUCAUCUCCCACUACGAGGAGGAACUGAUGCAGCUACGCCAUGAUCUGGAGCGUCUGAGCAACGAAUACAAGGUCCUCCUGGGCAUCAAAACCCACCUAGAGAAGGAAAUCUCCACCUACUGCCAGCUCCUGGAUGGAGAGAAUGGAGGGACAAUGAAGAAUCUAAGUCGAGUGUGGAAAGCUCCAAAGAUCAAGGUCAUCAUACAGGAGAGCAUCAAUGGAAGAAUAAUUCUUUCUCAAGUGAAUGAGAUCUAAAAGUAUGCUGAGGCCAAUAAAGUUUCUGCCUGUUGUAAAAACUAUUUUCCCCCAAUGGAAAGUCCUUGCCCAGACACAAAUGGUGAAUUCUAAGAGGUAUCCUUGGAGUUAUCAAACUUGGAAUCUUUUUUUUCUCUGUAACAAUCUCACCAGAUGUUCCAAAAUGAUCUUAAUAUACGGCUGCACUUUUUCAAUCAGAGUAUGAGUUCAUGAGCUUAAAGCUCUCCUUUCCUAAUACAAUCGUCAGAUUCCCAUUAUUGUGCAUCUGUUUUGUAGCCAAUAAAACUCCACAUCAGCUGAA